AUGACGGUUGGCUACCGCUUGCAGCGCCAUUGCAGGGAAGAUUCUCGCGAUCGUCCGCCCAACCAGCUUGAAAAAGCCAAAAGCAUCAUUGACCAGCUGUCCGACGAUGAUUUGAAGCACCCCGUCUUCGAUGACGUCCACGCCGGGGCCCGGAUCCUACAAAUCGCGCACGGCCUGCCACCGAAUUUCCACCCCGACCUGACCUUCGGCUCGGAGGAGUUCAUGGAAGCCCGGAAAAAGUGUAAUGCUGAGAUGCUUCGGCGUUGCACUGUCCUCUGCACCGCGAAGGUGAGGAAGGACAUCAGCCAGAACGCCGACGAUUUCUGCCCGUGCACCAUGCGGUCGCAGUGUGCAGAGUACGGGACCCAGGACGAGUCGCUCCCGACAAUGAUGCGCAAGGUUGCUGCUUCCAUCGCCGACCCUGGCCAGGCCCACAUGGAGGUCGACGCAGCGAUACCCGAGUCCAAGCCGGCUUCGUCAAGGGCGACAUCGGCCCUCGCCCCGAAACGCGCGGCCGACAGCAACCAGGCCCUCAAGUUCACGCUCGAAGACCUGAAUGAUUUCCACGCUCAGCGCCUGCACCAGUCAAGGGGCCUGAAGCCCAUCGAAUGGGCCUUGGACGAGAAGACCCCUCGCGAGGACGACCCCCCAGCAUUGCGACACAGGCCCCAGGGCCACCGCAAAGCAAUGGGCGAAAUUAUUGGGCAGAAGACCAAAGGCGGCAAAGGCGGCAAGAAGAAGCUGCCUGCGAACAUCCUGACGGUCUUCAAGGAGAAGGUCGACAAUCUCGGCCUGGAGUUUGACGGAUCGAAGAUUGGCUCGCCCCGCCAGCAACCGCGCAUGGCCCUGCUGGCUGCCGCGCGGCGGGGUCCGAUCCGCGCGGCGGCGUCGCUAUGCUUCACGCCAAUCGCCCGGGCAAGUUCGGACGAGGAGCUCUGCGGCCCAGGUUGGAUCAGCUCGGUGCCCCUGCCCAGCCGCGCCCACGUUGACAUCGACCGCGCGGGCGCGGCCAUCGACUUGAUCGAGGAAUCCCCCCAGCGCGCGCCCUUUACACCUGUCGGGGGGUCGGGGGCGGACGGCCGCAUCCCGCCCCGCAUCCAUGACCGCCGCGUCGCGCUGUCGUUGGACGAUAUCGAGUGCCAAAUCUCCCACCACCCCGAGACUGGCCUCUUCCUGCCAGGAGCGCUCGUCGGCAAGGCAGUCGACGCCAGCGUCACGUUUGCUGGCGUUGAUUUGGCGCCCCAGCUCGACGGCGCGGCCCGCGCGCGCCCAUCCACCGAAUCGCUCGGGGCGGGCUCAGCGCGCGCGCCGGUUUUCGGCCGCGCCCCCACGUCUAUGAAACGAGGGCUCGCACUCGGAGCGGUGGCCAGGAUGCGGGACUACACCCGCCCGGUUGACUCAAUGGCGGAG